CUAUCAUGUCCAAUUCAUUUUGUGCCCAUAAAAACGUGUUGUUUAUUUAUUUCACAGAAGGUCGAGAAGACGCAAAAUCAAUCUCUCUACGCCGGUGUCUGAUUGCUUAUAACUAUGAUAUUAAUAGUUUUCUCUUUAUUGCUCUCUUUUCCCAUGUUUUUGGAGCGUGUCCUGUUUUUCCCUCUCUCUUUUCUCUUUUUCUUCUCUCCGUCUUUUUGUCUCUCCUACACACAACCGAGUCCGUUGACGAUGCCUUUUUUCUCUUAUUUUUGCGUGUUUCUCUGCGAUGUAUGGGUAUCGUGGCUUUUACUCCCUGUUGUCUUUGAAAAUGAUUAUAGCAGUACGGUAUACCGCUCAUUUACCUACUCUAUCUAUUUACCUAUUUUAUUUAUUUUAUUUUUUUAAUUAUAGAACUUGAGAAUAAAAAAGGCGUAGUAAAUAAAUCGUCAAUGAAUUAAAGCUGAUUUAUUCUCGAUUUUCUGAC